GAACGACCUUGACCAACUUAAUAAAAGCCAAUGUGUAAACUGAAGCAUGUAGCUUAAUCAAAGACUUUUUACUGGAAAUAGUCGGGAAUGAGGACCCUUUUGUCAAUCUAAGAAGCAAUUUAUGAUAGCUGAUUGAAUUCUACCGGAUGUUAGAAGACUACAACUGUAGGAAAAUGCAAGCAUUGGAUCAUCUUUGCUAAAAGGGGAAACCAAACGGGCUUUUUUUUUUUGAAGCAUGAUGGAAACUGAUUCCAAGUUGGAGACAAAUUUGAUGAACAAAAUUACUGAUGGAGAUUCAAACAGUUGUGGGUCUUCCAUAAGUAGGGAUGACAUUUCAUCCAAAAAGGUUUCCCAAGAUGACAGCGACAUUGCAGAAUAUGAUGAUGACACGAUCUCAUCAGCUCUGGCAGAAGACAGACCACCAUCAGAUGAAGAGCUAGUAGAUUUGGCAAAUAACGAUGAAGAAGAAGAAGAUGAUGAUGAUGAAAUUGAAGAAGAAGAAGAAGAAGAAAUUGACAGCGAUGAUGUUGAUGAUGAAGACGAUGAUGAAGACGAUGAAAAUGAGGAAGAAGCAGAAAUACUGAAUAUCAGCGAUGCCGAUGAUGAGGAUGAAAAUACAAAUGAUAUUGUUGAUAGUGCAGCCACUGUUGAGAAAGAUUGUAAGGAAAAAUUGGACAGGAAAGAAGACUCUGAAAGUCCAAGUACCUCAAAGAGGGCAACUUUGAAAAGGCCUCGAAGUAAAGGUACAGUUGUAGAGGCAUCAGAUGAGCCACCAUCAAAAAAGAAGAGCAGGGCAACAAAAGGGAAGAAAAAAGAUGGAAAGAAGGGAGAAAAGAAAAAAAGAAAAAGCAAGAAAAAUUAUGAGAGGAGAAAUAUCAGAAAAAUUUUGAAAGAAAGCGAAUUGGAUGCCAUGACACUCUCAGCUCAAAAGGAAGAAUUCGAGAGAAAGCGGCGUCUUGCAGAACAACAGAGAUUACUCUUACAACAACAACAACUUCAGCAGCAGCAGCAGUUACAUUUUCAAAAACAGCAACAAGAACUCGACCUGUUGCAACCUGAAUUGCAGCAGACCCAAAGGCCGAUAAAACAAGAAUUCCCUCCCAGGGAGCGGGUAGAGAAAGAUUCACAGCUGAAAUCUCUCUUACAAUCUGCUGAGGAUGAGGCAUCCACAUGGAGUUCAAAGAAGGAUGAAGAUGUUGUACUCCUUGACAGUGGAGAUGACAGUCAGAAGAAAAAAGGAAGAGAUGUCAUCGAGCUCUCCAGCUCCGACAACGACGAGGAGUGUGUGCUGCUCCCUAGCGACUCUGAAGAGCAAGAGGAGGAAGAUGACCACGAAAACAGCGGCUGUCAUAUCAACGAUGCCAUGAAUCAGCCUGAUGCCCAGGGGAGAGUUUUGGUCAACGUGGGUCACCCUCCUGAUGAGCCGGAUAUUUUUCUCGCCUCCCAGUUGACCAGGGCAAUAAAACCUCAUCAGAUUGGAGGUGUACGAUUCUUGUAUGACAACUUAGUGGAGUCUGUUGGGCGUUUUCGCUCAAGUCAUGGAUUUGGUUGUAUUCUGGCCCACAGUAUGGGGCUGGGGAAAACUAUACAGGUGAUUUCAUUCAUCGAUGUGUUCCUGCGGCACACUGAUGCCAGGACGGUGCUUUGUAUAGUUCCCAUCAACACCCUGCAGAACUGGAUGUCCGAGUUCAACAUGUGGCUGCCACCCCCUGGGGACAUUAAGCCAGGGUCAGAGGUCGAGCCUCGGCAGUUUAACAUCUACAUUGUCAACGAUGCUCAUAAGAAUACCACAGCUCGGGCAGAAGUUAUAGAGAAGUGGUACAGAAAUGGAGGAGUACUAUUGAUGGGUUAUGAGAUGUACCGCUUGCUGUCUUCGAGAAAAACCCCAUUGCCAAGAAAGAAGAAGAAGCAGAACAACGAGCCAGAGGUCAUUGACCUGGAAGAGGAAGACAAGAACAAGGAGCUACAGCUAGAUAUCCAGUCAGCAUUGCUGAGGCCAGGCCCUGAUCUGGUGGUGUGUGACGAGGGACACAGGAUAAAGAACAGUGGAGCUGGAAUAUCCCAAGCAUUGAAGAACAUCAGAACUAGGAGAAGGGUUGUGCUGACCGGGUACCCGCUCCAAAACAAUCUAAUGGAAUACUGGUGCAUGGUGGACUUUGUGCGGCCAAACUUCCUGGGGACAAAGACGGAGUUCAGUAAUAUGUUUGAACGUCCAAUCAUGAACGGUCAGUGCCAGGACAGCACUCCGCAGGACACGCGGCUCAUGAGGUUCAGAGCUCAUGUACUGCAUAGUUUACUGGAGGGAUUUGUACAGAGACGCAGCCACGCAGUUCUGAAGGCCGCCUUGCCACCCAAACAAGAGCAUGUGUUAUUGAUUCGUAUGAGCCCCAUACAAAGGAAGCUGUACAAGGAGUUUAUGACCAAUGUGGUGGACUCUGGCCUCUCUGCCUGGGCCAAUAGUAACCCCCUGAAGGCCUUUGCUGUCUGUUGUAAGAUUUGGAACCAUCCAGAUGUUCUUCACAAAAUACUGGAACUCAAAAAGCUCAAUCCUGGAGUGGAUAAUGACCUUGACAUUGCAGACGACAGCAGCAACACAAGCUCCACCAGGGGAGGGAAGAAAAAAGGAAAGGGAAAAGAGUCACGGCCAUCUACACCCUCCUCUCAGGGCAGUGUCCAAUCAGAAGGGGGCUUCUUUCCAUUUAUGGACAAGAAGUCUGAGCAAGUGAUCACUUAUGAUUGGGCAGAGCCUUUGAUGCAAGACUACACCCCAGGACUCCUAGAGAAUGGUGCCAAGUUUCUGAUCAUGUUCAGUAUUAUAGAGCAUUCUAUUGCCAUGGGAGACAAAGUGUUGGUGUUCAGUCAGAGCCUGUUCACUCUGAACCUGGUGGAGGAAUUUCUAAACAGGAUGAAGGUGCCGGGGAAAGAGGAGUACUGGGUGAAGAACAAGUCAUAUUUUAGGCUAGAUGGCAGCACCAGUGCAUUUGAGAGAGAAAAGAUGAUCAACAUUUUCAACAGAAGGGAGAACAACUCCAUACAGCUCUUCCUUCUUUCAACAAGAGCUGGCUGUUUAGGCAUCAACUUGGUUGGUGCCAAUCGCGUGAUUGUCGUCGAUGCCUCGUGGAACCCGUGUCACGACUGUCAGGCUGUGUGUCGCGUGUACAGAUAUGGACAAGUCAAACAGUGUUAUGUGUACCGCCUGGUGACAGACAACACCAUGGAGAAGAAGAUCUAUGACAGGCAAAUUAAUAAACAAGGGAUGUCUGAUCGUGUCGUCGAUGAGUUGCAGCCUCAGAACCAGUUUACCAAGAAACAAGUGGAAAACUUGCUCACGUACAAUGAUGUGGACUUGCCGUACAUCAAGGACAAUGGCAGCUGGUCAGAAACAAUAGACGACAUGCUGCUUUACUCCCUGCUCAAGAAACAUAGCGAAUGGAUCACAAAUGAGCCUUUUACUCACGAGUCCUUGCUGAUUGACCGAAAGGACCAUAAACUGACCAAGUCUGAGAAGAAACUGGCCAAGCAAAGCUACGAGAUGGAGAAACGCCUGAAUAUCUCCUACAGUCGCCCAUCAUAUGCUGCCUACUAUCCCAAAACCAAUCAACAGCCACAGCAGGUUCCGCAGAGACCCUCGACCUCAUUUGACACAUUUAGCAGGUUUUCCUCCAGUAACCCUGGCAACCGGCCCGUGGCCAGCGUACGCCCCAUGAUAUCCACCCCAGUCCCCAUGCAACCCCGGCGCCCUCUACCCCCUGCUGUGGGGUUUGGCGAGCAGGCGUUCAGAAUCAAGAAACCAGGGGUCAUCGUGCAAAGUGUUUUGACGACUACAGAUAUUGUUGUGCCGGGUAGCAACACGAGCACAAACGCAGGACCCACGUACAUUCCUGCAGGACAGCAGGUUCUCGUUAUCAAGACGCCAAAGGGGGUCUACAUUCGCACACGGGAGGGGAGGAUAUUUGCUGUACGUAUUCGAUAUAAUGAGUCCACGUCAGCAGCAGGAAGAAGUGAUGAGUCUGGCGGAGGCUUACUGCCUGGUGAUGAGGAUUCCUCUGCUAGUAUGGGAGACCUGAAUUUCCCCACCACCUCUACCACCGAUACGGCCUCCCAGUCCUCCUCAACAUCUCAGCCAGGGGGCAGCACCAGCAUGCUGGGGAGUGCUCUGCGAGGCUCGCUGGACAUGCAGUCCAUUCUACGCAGCUCUCUCAGUUCAGGAGGCUCCAGUAGAGACCCCAGUGGCAGGGACGGCAGUCCUAGCACGUCCAGGUACGGCAACCAAGAUUUGUUGGGAGCCUCGGAGUCAAUGUCCAGCUCUCGGGGCUUGCUUCCUGAUUUUGCCUCUCUCGGGUUGAGGGCAGAUAAUGAUUGGGGCUCACAAGGAGAUUCUCGCCCUGCGGCAUCGUCCUCUCAGACCCUCAGAGAUGCGUACAUGGAGGGCUUGAACCAAGGGAGGGACACGUUCUUUGAUAGCUACCACCAAAGUCAAGAUAGUCACAGUUCUGAUUUCUUCAGAGGAGAGUCCAGCAGGGGAAAUCAAGAUUUAUCAGAAUACAGAGGGUACUCAAAUGGAGGUGGUGUAGUAUCCAACGCACUCGUUUCGGCAUCCCGUGCCAUUUCCAAUGCUGAGGACAGUCUGGCGGCGCUGACAUCACUAAUUGAGUCAACUGCUGGUUCGGAUGAUGAAAGCAGUGGAGAUGAGGAAGGAGGACCCCCAGGAUCUUCAAGAGGCACCCCUGUGUCUAAUCUUGCCAACUUGAGCAGCAUGAGUGGAGGAACCGUGCGCCAGAACAGCACAGAACCUGUUCCAAACUCAUUCCUUCUCAACCCAGAGGAAUGCAGCUUUGGCCAACAACCAGGCUACCCGCUUGCCUCUACUUCAGCAUCCUCAACAUCUAUUUCCUCCUCCUCCUCCUCCUCUGCCUCAACCCUCACCUCCACUUUGUCCUCCCAGCAUCAGCCAACUCCCUCCUCCUCCUCCUCCUCAACCACCCCCACUUCCUCCCCCAUGCAAUCUAACCCCAUGGGGCAUUACCCCCCUUGGAGUAUCCCUCCCACCUCUGGCGCCAUGCCCCCUCCCCACAUGUAUGGGGGUUACCCCUACCCAUACCCCUACCCACAGAUGUUUCCAGGGGGACAGAUGUUUAUGCCAAUGCCAUUUGCCUCUGGCAUGCAUCAUCCUUACAUGAUGCCACCACCACCAGGUACCACAAUGCCAAGUGGCACCAUGCCAAGUGGUACCAUGCCAAGUGGCACCAUGCCCACUUCUGCAACAUCUGGUACCUUGCCAACAGCUACAACCUCUUCUUCUUCACCUUCAACCUCGGCGGAAUAGCUGGGUUACAGAUCUUCAUGCCCUGUAGUUAAUGGAUGAUGGACAAGAUUCAACAAAAAGUUUUGAUGUUUUGAUCCAUGAUUCAAAUGACUUAAAAAGAUCAUGAUAUUUAAGAGAAAAGCAUUAUAAUUGUUUUAAGUUGAACACAAGUUGUGGUGCUAAGAAGCUCUUUGAUGUUGAGUUUCUUUAGGAUGAGAACCCCUAGGAUCAGGAGGUUUACACAAAGACAGUAUAAAAGAGUUUUUUGGUAGAGGAAAAUGUGUUACAGUAUGUAUAUAGUUUCUUAAUAUUAUUAAUGUCCAUUUGGUGUAAUGUGUGGAUAAACAUAUUUUAAUCUAUUAGUGGAAUUCAGAGUGUUACAGUACAAUCAUUAUGACAAUGUUGCAUUGUCACCAUGAUGUUAAUGCCAUGUUGUUUUGGCUGUGACAUAUGCAAGUCCUAAGUAUCAUCAUCUUUGUGACAAUGUCAAUGCUGUGUUCUUUCCAUUGUUGCACUUGUAAGUCCAGUAAUAGAUACAAACUUUUAUUUAUGAAUGAAUUAAUAUAAUUAACAUUGUAAGUAAAUGCACAAAAAUUGCUUCUGUGG